CUCAAUGGACGUGUGAGCGGUGUGAAGCACGUCAAACUCACAGAUCUUGAUGGAGGAUGGGAUUGAACUGAACGCAUCGCCUUUGCGCCACGGGUGAGUGGUGCACACAGGACACAGAUCUGCCGACUUGCAGCUCGUUAUGUGCUGAUCUGCCCUCUGCUUGUUGCAGGUUUGGCUGCUGGCUGAAGCGAACCCAAUAGCAUACGAUGAUGCCGCCUGGAUGACGGCAUCUGCGCAGCGAUACUCCUCUAGGCGCUCUCGAGCGUUGCCGUCGUCAGUCGCGUUGAUGGUGGCUCCUCUGGCCGCAUUCAUCUCUGCUGAUGCAGCUGCUUUCCUUCCAUCCAGCCACUGCCUUCUCGGGGCUUCCGGGCAAAGGCAGACAGGCGUCAUCAUGCGGAGGAGAGAUUUCCCUCCAGUGCUGCAAGCACUUGUGCCGACGCAGGAGAGUCCAACGGGUCAGGAUGACGUCAACGUGGGUGUGGAGCAGCUCGUGCGGCGGGGCAUGAGCCGCUUCGCUGAGGGCAGGGUGCAGGAUUCGCUGAAGGACUUCAACACGGCCAUGGAGAGGAGGUGCGACGGGACAAACACAACAUGGAUGAUCGAUGCCAUGUGUCGUGUUGUGUUGUGUUGUGUUCUGUCUGUCUGUCUGUCUGUCUGUCAUUCAUCGGCAGGCCUUCGUUGUCUCCCUUCUUGUGGCAGCGUGGGAUUUCGUUAUAUUAUGUGGGGGACUAUGCCGAGGCGGCGGCACAGUUCAGGCGGGACGUGUCGGUCAACCCGAGCGACACAGAGGAGGUAUGCAACCGUCGUCAUGCUGGUUGGAGAGAUGAAGAGGUGAUGUGUGUGGUGUAGGCCAUAUGGGCCUUCUUAUCUGAGAGCCGGCUAUACGGUGACAGCCCGACCACUCACCGACAAGUCCUUGUGGCACCAAUGGCUCUUUCAGGUACUGACAAGGCCCGAGAGUCCCUUCUCACCAUAAAUGGUGAAAGGCGGCCGCUCCUGCAGCUGGUCUACGAGUCGCUGCGGGAUGGCGGGGAUUCACCGCGGCUCGACCAGCUGAAACGCAUUGCAGACACGCAGAGGGGCGGGGCGUCAUUCUACGCCUCGCUGUACCUUGGGCUGCUAUACGAGGCGAUGGGCGACGUGGGCGAAUCGCGCCGGUGGAUUGUGAGGGCCGCCGAGUCGCCGUAUGCGAGUGAGAAGAAGGGGGCAGAGUGAGGAUGGGCACGUACACGGCUCUGGUGUGUGUGUGUUGCAGGUUCCGGUGACUACAUGGGCGCGGUGGCGAAGGUGCACCGGAUGGCACGGGGAUGGUGGUGAUGGAAUGAGAUGCGGGCGAUGCAGCCGAUGGAUGACGUCGUGUGCAGUUAGUCGGCCGAUGAGCUG